AUGGCACCUUGGUUGGAACUACCCUUUGAUAUUCAGAACGUUACCGCUGAAGAAGACAAGCUUAUAAAGAAAUGUAUGAUAGGUUAUACGAAGCCCUUCGUCAAAUGUGGGAAAAAGGGUUACAUAAUGCCGGGUUCGUUCAGAAAGCACGCCGAAAGGAUAUACAAUUUUCAAGUCCGACCUGAUGAUAUUUGGGUGAUCACGUUCCCUAGAUCAGGUACAACAUGGGUACAAGAAAUGGUUUGGUUGAUACAAAACGAUUUGGACUUCAAAAAAGCUCAAGAAAUUCCACUUUUCGAUCGGUUUCCAAUGCUCGAAUUAACUCCACAAAUUCCAGAAAUGGGUUUACAGCUGAUCAAAAGAAAUUUCUUGAAUUUGGGUUAUUUUCAAGGGCUGGGUAAAGCAGCUAGGAGUCCAAGUUGGAAGAAUAUAGAGGAAAUAACAGCACCGAGAUUUAUAAAAACACACUUGCCACUAUCUAUGUUACCCCCAAGCUUAUUGGACACUGCUAAAGUUAUAUACGUCGCUAGAGAUCCGAGGGAUGCGGCGGUUUCAUACUAUUUCUUAUACAAAAUGGUCUCUAAAGGAUUCAUGAGAGUUACGUUUAAACGAUUCUGGGAGGCAUUCAAACGAGAUUUGUUACCUUGGUCUCCAAUAAUUGAACACGCAAAUGAAGGUUGGGAGCAACGUCACAACAAAAAUCUUCAUUUUAUUUUCUACGAAGACAUGAUUACUGAUCUACCAAAAGUAAUACGCGGUGUAAGUGAAUUCUUAAAGCGAGAUUUGACAGAACAACAAGUUAAUCUGUUGGCAAACCACCUCAGAUUCGACAAUAUGCGGAAGAACAAGACAGUUAACAAUACCAUGCACACUAAUAACGAAGUGCAGUUCAUACGGAAAGGUGAAGUAGGAGGAUGGAGAGCACACUUCGAUGACAAAAUGGAGCUUGAAGCAGAAGAGUUUCUAACCACGAGACUAAAGGGACUAGAUAUAGAAUAUCCAUCAUUAAGCAUUUGUGAAUCUUCAUACUUAUAG